AUGCCAUUAUCAUUGCUCCACAUCAUUAUCGUUUCGCCGUGCACCGAUGUUCCCGAUGGAACCCGACCCGAACCGACCCGAUCCAAUAUUACAACACUCUUCGCUGCUCGAGAUGUCAUCGAUCGGACAGAUAAUCAGGCGAAACUGCUGUAG